CGGCGUCCACGCCGCCGGCAGCCGCGCGAUCCUGCUCAACGACGCCGGCGCGCGGUUCGUCGAGGCGACGACGACGUCAUGCCGCUGGAGCCGACGCCCGAGGUGCUGAGCCUGCUCCCGGACGGCGACGGCGCCGAGGAGCUGAUGCUCGUCCAGGUCACGCGGUUCAAGUGCGGCUCCAUCGCCGUCGACCACACCAUGCACCACGCCGUCGCCGAUGGGCGCGCCGCCUGCAACUUCCUGUUGGCGUGGGGCCAGGCCACCCGCGGCGCGGCGUUCGACCCCGUCCCGGCGCACGACAGGGCGUCCCUCUUCUUGCCCCGGCAGCCGCUGCGGGUCGCGUUCGAGCACCGCGGCGUCGAGUUCAUGCCCCGUGAAGAGAAGAAGCCCAGAAGAGACGGCGGCGACGACGACGACGAGGUGGUGGUCCAGAGGGUGCGCUUCAACCGGGAGUUCGUCGCGGAGCUGAGGUCGCAGGCGUCGGCGGGGGCGCCGCGGCCGUACAGCACCUUGCACUGCGUGGCGGCGCACCUGUGGCGGUGCAUCACCAAAGCGCGCGGGCUGGACGGCGGCGAGGUCACCAGGUUAUGCGUCGCCGUGGACGGGCGCAUGCACAUGCGCGACCCGCCGGUGCCGGAGGGAUACACCGGCAACGUGGUGCUCUGGGCGCGGCCAAGCACCACCGCCGGGGAACUGGUGUCCAUGCCGCUCCGGCGCGCUGUCGAGCUCAUAUCCCGGGAGGUGGCGCGCGUCGACGACGGCUACUUCAGGUCGUUCAUCGACUUCGCCAACUCCGAUGCUGUCGAGGAGGAGCGGCUGGUGCCGACGGCGGACUUGUCGGAGACGGUGCUGAGCCCGGACGUCGAGGUGGACAGCCUGCUCCACGCCCCGUUCUACGACCUGGACUUCGGCGGCGGCCCGCCGUUCUUCUUCAUGCCCAGCUACCUGCCGGUUGAGGGUUCAGUGUUCAUCUUCCUGUCUUUCUCGGGCGACCGCAGCGUCGACGCCUACGCGCCUCUCUUCAGACGCGCCAUGGAGACCUUCAACAAGUGCUGCUACUCGCUGGCAAUGGCGGACGCACGUCUUUAGGGGAAUGAAAUGGAACCCAUCUGAUCUGGUGCUUGGUUUGCU